AUGCCUGGUCCUCUAUCCCUCUUCUCCGUCAAUGCGGUCCUCGUCAUGUCCGCUGACGAUGGCUCCCGAAUCUUGGCAAAGUACUACUCAGCACCACACCCCCCCGCCGGCGCUGCACCGAACUCGACUGACUACCCCGGUGCCAAUCCCUACCCCACCGUCAAGGAGCAGCGCGCUUUCGAGAAGGGUCUACUCGAGAAGACCAACAAAUCCGCAAGCGAUGUGAUCCUGUACGACAACCGCAUUGUGGUCUUCAAGAUGGAGAGCGACGUCAUGCUCUACGUUGUUGGAAGCGCCGAUGAGAACGAGGUCCUGCUGUACAAUGUUGUACUGUCACUGCGCGACACUCUGGGAAUCUUGUUCAAGGGUGCAACCGACAAGCGUACUAUUGUUGAGAACUACGACCUCGUUGCCUUGGCCAUUGACGAAAUUAUCGACGACGGAAUUAUCCUCGAGACUGAUCCGGUCAUGAUCUCUUCCCGUGUCAGCCGCGCACCUGCUGCUGAUGCACCCAACAUGAAGAACAUCGAUCUCACGGAACAAGGUCUAAUGAACGCCUGGGAGUUCGGCAAGCGGCGUCUUGCAGAGGGAUUGCGACAGAUGUAA